AUGACAUCCCACACCUUCACCUACCCCGAACUCAACUCACCAACCCCCAACAUCCAACCCGCCAUCAAAAUCUCCGUCUUUUUCCACAAGCUCCCCGACAUCUCCCCUGAGAAAUUCUUCACCCACUGGCAAUCCAUCCAUGCCGAUCUAGCCAUAGCCACGCAAGCCUUUCAAAAACACAUCCUUCGCUAUGUCCAGCACCACCAAACCCCCGAAAUGAAAGACCGAGCCCGCAGUCUCGGCGAAAACGUCCUGGAAUACGACGGCUGCGCUCAGAUGUGGGUGCGCUCAUGGGACGACUGGAUGGCGUUCUACAACAGUGACGAAUAUGCGGCUGCGCUGAGCGACGAUUGUAAUGAGUUUAUGCAGCUGCCGAUGACGUAUAUGGUGGGGUAUGAGAAUCUGAUUGUUGGCGAUGCAAUUGGAGGGAUUGGAGGAGGGGAUGGAAUAUCGUUCAACAAGGAAUGA